GCCAACUCCAUCCAUGCCCCCAACAACUCCACAGGAGACCAAACCAUGAGCGCGCCUCAGAGCCCCACCCCGGAACAUGUACAGACCACCGAAGAACAAGCUAUCCUAGCACACCUUGCCCUGGCGGAAACGAACAGGUCAAUACUGAGCCAGAACGGACCAAACCAUCAUACCAUCCUCCCGCAGUUCACCCCCACCCCAACUGAGGGAUUCCCGACAGUACACAUGUCACAUUCAGCUCAGAUCUUCGACCACCUGGACAACAGGGUCCUACUCGCCUGGUUUCAGGUUGAACACCCCAAGUUCAUGGUCCGCGUGUUUGACCUGCCAGGAAAAGAAGUUGCCGAACGGGCUGCCAUCACUGCAGAACAAAUCCGGGCCAGCAUAGCUACCAUAGCAGAAUUCGUCCACCAGGAUGCCCCCCCUGUACGUGUCUCCCCUCCCCAACCCCAAACUGGGAAGGGACAGCAUGAAUUCCCAACCGGAUUCCUCGUCCAUAAGAUAUCUGUGGAAACCAUGAACCUAAUCCUGCAACAACGCAUCUGGUCUGCUGCAGACAUAACGUUCGAAGCCAUCCCCUUCAACUGCAUCCACCCCCCAGAACUCUUAUUCUGCCUAUCCGGCUUCACAACCCUUGACAGCGACACCGUCCUCCAAACCGUUAUUGAUGUUUGGUCUCGCGAUGAAAACAGACAAUGCAUCGACGACGUUCUCUCAAAAGGCGGAUUUCCAGACGAUGAACUAGUGUACAAAGCCACGCGGGACUUGAUCGAGUCCGCCCGCGUCGAACUGCUCAACUUCAAAGCGACGAGAGGACUUUCAGUCCCACGCUUCAACAUACUUGCCACUAGCCCAACCAACGACGCCCAAACCUGGACGAAGCUAAGGAGCUUCCUGCACGCCCUCAAAUACCCCACAAACCUUGAUGGCUGUGGGGCUGCAGCAGCCCUCUUCCCCUGCCAAAUCUGCCACUCCCUAGCCCACCCACGAGGCCUCUGCCCCUUCCCACUCGUCCCGCUCUGGACCGGCCCCAAAUCAGGGAACAGGAACACGGCUAACCCAUCCCGCCAACACGGAAGAGCUAGGGGCGGAAGGCCCGGACGCGGCCUCUAGUAGCC